AUGGGCAGCCGAUUAGUCGCUCAAGCUGUGGUGGCGGAGGCUGCGAAGGCUGAGCUGGAGAGCGCCGAUGCGGAAUUGGAGAAGGCGAAGGUUGUACUUGAAGGUCACCUAGAAUUUCUCCAGCCUGGUGUAGAGCUCGCAUCAAGCCGAGAUUCUCUAAGCUGUUACUUGGCCCAUCAUGCAUGGAUUCCAGGCGAUGAUAAUAAUAAUUAUUAUGGUGUAGAGGCUACACCAGUAGACGUUUAUGGCUUUAAUCUACAAUCUGGCCAACUAACCGCGGGUGGCAUCUGGAUUGCCAGCACAGGAGAUGGCCACCCAAUUCCGGAUAAUGGAAUUCAAAUUGGAUGGCACCAAUUACCGGGAAACCCUGGCCGCGCGUGCCGUCGGGGGCGCCAUGGCCACCCCCGUGCUCGCCACGAGAGCCAUGGCCGCGCCCGCCCGGAGUCCCUGGCCGCGCGCACCGUCGUGGAUGCCGUGGCCAUGCCCAUGCUCGCCGUGCCCGCCAGGAGGCCCUGGUCGCGCGCGUGCUCAAGCAAGCAGCAAGUGGCGGCGGAAGCAAGAACACACGAGGAGACGUCCCAUGUAGUCGUGCUCCUCUUUGACUCGACGCCGGCGCCAGAUAGCGGUGUGGGCGGCUGGGCUAAAGGAUCACCUGACAAGGGUUGCUUCAACACUGUUUGCCCUGGCUUUCAAAAGACAUUAUCAAGCAUAGCUCCAGGUGAUGUCAUCAACCCAGUCUCAAGUACAAAUGACACCAAACAGUAUAUCACAGUAAGGGUAUUCAAGAACUACCAUAUGUUUCUACUCAAAACAUCUGGCAAUUGGCAUGUACAUUGUGGAUUAAAUGGUUCCCCAAAACCCGUUGGUUACUUUCCAAAAUCCUUGCUUCCUGCAAUGAUAGAUAGACCAGUUCUGCUUAGAUUUGGUGGCUAUGCAGCUCGCAAGAAACCAGCACCAAAUCCUCCAAUGGGCAAUGGAUAUGUUCCAUUGAGCAGUACUGCUGCAUUGGUUAGUAACCUCAAGCUUAUCGAUCCCGAUGGUAAUGACCACAUUGUCAACACGGGUCUGCCAUUCUACAUAACUAGUGAAGAAUGUUAUCCACUUUCUACUGUUGAUUCCAGCCGUUUCUUCUAUGGUGGACCUAAGAAAAAAUAA